UUCCAUAAGCAAGUUAAUACAGCCUGGGCAGGCGUGGUGAUGGUAGUGUGUGUAAGUGCAAUAAACACUCAGUGCAUUUAACCGGAAUACAAGACCUAACCGUACUAUGAAUGGUGCCGCGUGCUGGUAGCUCCCCUCCCCGCCCCCGACCGCAGCGAUGGACACGAACAGCACCCGCGGCUCCACGGGCCAGCUCUCCAGCACCGGCAGCACCGGCGGCGGCAUGCACCACUCCCACUCGACUCCCGCCGGCGUAGACGGCGGCGCCCGGACCCCGCCCGCCACGCCGAAGAAGGGCGGCAAGAUGCUGGCAAUCCGCGUGCAGAUGCUCGACGACGCCGUCACCAUCUUCCAAGUGCAGGCGAAAGCGACGGGCCGCGUCCUCUUCGACCAGGUCUGCAAGCAACUCCACUUGCUCGAGGCCGACUACUUCGGACUCGAAUACACGGACGCCGGCGGCACCAGGUACUGGCUGGACCUGCAGAAACCCAUCUCGCGCCAGCUGGGCCUCUCGCUCGUCGACCCCCUGCUCUACUUCUGCGUCAAGUUCUACACCCCCGACCCCGGCCAGCUCGAGGAGGAGUUCACGCGAUACCUCUUCUGCCUGCAGGUCAAGCGGGACCUGGCGCAGGGACUCAUGCAGUGCAACGAGAACACGGCGGCUUUGAUGGCGAGCUACAUCGUGCAGGCGGAGUGCGGGGACUACGUCUCGGAGGACUACCCCGACCACACGUACUUGUCGAGCUAUAAGUUCGUGCCGCAGCAGGACCAGGAGAUGGAGCGGAAGAUCAUGGAAAACCACAAAAAACACUCAGGGCAAUCGCCGGCCGAGGCCGACCUCAACCUCCUCGAAACGGCCCGCCGGUGCGAGCUGUACGGCAUCAAGAUGCACGCGGCGAAGGACCACGAGAACGUCCCGCUCAACCUGGCUGUGGCCCACAUGGGCAUAAUCGUGUUCCAGAACUACACCAAAAUCAACACCUUCUCCUGGGCGAAGAUCCGGAAGAUCUCGUUCAAGCGGAAGCGCUUCCUCAUCAAGCUGCACCCGGAGGGUUACGGUUAUUACAAGGACACGGUGGAGUUCUUCUUCGAGGGCAGGAACGAGUGCAAGAACUUCUGGAAGAAGUGCGUCGAGAACCACGGCUUUUUCCGGUGUUCGUCGGUGAAGGCGGCGCCCCGGCACAGGACGAGGGUGCUGUCGAGGGGCAGCUCGUUUAGGUAUAGCGGGAAAACGCAGAAACAGAUUGUCGAGUUUGUUAGGGAUAACUACGUGAAACGACAGACAUUCCAAAGGUCGGCUUCAUUCCGGCAUUCUAGUGCUCAUUCAAGUGCAAGCAACAUGCACUCCAGUACAGUCGGGAACAGCAUAUCCGCACAUCCCCUGUUGCCCCUAGCCGACAGCAACCUCAGCGUGGAAGCCUCCAAGCUGUCGGCUUCGCUGGGCUCGAUGGGCGCAGCUGUGGUGGUCCCGGCUUCUCCGACGACGAGGUUAGCCUCUCGCCACCGCGUCACAGCUACGUCCUGGAGCUCGGCCCCCGACACGCGGCCUACCACGCUGCUUGCUCAGACGACGACCUCGCCAUCACCUCCUCUGACGACGCAAUCGGCCUCUCCGGCAACUUCUGCGACUACGAGUCCUCUCCAUACUCCCUACGCGGACCAGAAGCCGGCCUAUGCCAGUUCGCCGGUCGCCGUCCGCGCAGCAGUUCACAGGGCAGAUACAGAUGACGCCAAGGAGAAGGAUAAGUCGGACAACGAGGGUUCGUAUUACAUUCACAACCAUUCGUACUAUAACAGUUCGCUCCCGACGUACAAAGAAGUGAACGGAAACAUUUCCAACUUGUCCGCGAACGCGAGUUACAAUUCCAAGCUUGACGAUAUCAGCCCCAUUAAAAAUCUAGCAAAGGAGCAGCUUUUGAACAGUAUUAACGCCAAUACCACUACUAACGGGACCACGACGACUAUCAUUGCCGAGAUUGAAGGUGAAGUGAAAAAACGGACGAAACUCCCAAUCGACAAGACGUACUACAUCGCCAAAGAAAUCUUGAUGACGGAGUUGACUUACAAGAAAGACUUGGACGUGAUUAAUGUAUGGUUUAGAGACGAAGUCGGUAAAGAAGAACCCGACGAAUGCUCAAUCUUGCUCACCCUAAUCGCGCCUUUGGCGCAGGCGCACGGUCAGCUCGUCAAAGACUUAGAGCAGCGCUUGCAAGGUUGGGACGGCAAGGGGGGCCCCCGAGCCACCAGCAGCCAACGAAUCGCCGACGUGCUCCUCACCCACUUACCCCCACUACUCCCUAUCUAUGAAGAGUACCUUGACGGCCAUAUUUUGGUCCUGGAACGACUUGACGCCGCCUUUAAACAAAACUCUCACUUCGAGCAGCUCUACCGCGACUUCGAGACCCAAAAGGUCUGCUAUUUACCGCUGACGACGUUCGUGCUUAAGCCGCUGCACCGCCUCCUGCAGUACCAAAACCUCCUCCAAAGACUGCUACGGUACUACGGGCCGUCGCACCCCGAUCGCGCCGACUGUUUGACAGCUAGUGACACUCUCAAAGACUUGAUGCAACCGGUGAGCGAGACACUCGAGCACUCGGAAAAUCUGGCAACGCUGUGCGAGCUCCAAAGGGACCUAGUUGGUUUCGAUAAUUUAGUGCAGUCGGGCCGCAAGUUCAUCCGCCACGGUUGCUUACUCAAACAUUCCAAAAAGGGGUACCAACAGCGCAUGUUCUUCUUGUUUUCGGACAUCUUGUUGUACACGUCGCGCUCGCAAGCGACUUUGCAGUUCAAAGUACACGGGCACAUGCCUCUCAGAGGUGUCUUGAUUGAAGAGCCGGAAGGCGAGUUGGCCAACUACGGUCUGGUGAUUUAUGGCGGGAAUCGGGCUCUCACGGUUGCGGCUAGCUCCCAGGAAGAAAAAGAGCGUUGGAAACAGGAUCUGCAAAAUGCGAUUCAACUAGCUAGGGAUAAGACGGACACGAAAAUCACGUAUUUGAGCCUAAAAAGCUGCAGCUCUUCAGACGAAAUUAUGGACCAGUGUGGGAACGACGUGGGUACUCAGACUAAGCCGCAGCCGCAGAGGAGCAACCUGAAGGUGCACGUGUGUUGGCACCGAAACACUAGCAUCAGUAUGAAAGAUGAAUUAGUGGCGGUUGAGAAUCAACUAUCAGGUUAUUUGUUGCGUAAAUUCAAAAGUAGCAACGGUUGGCAGAAACUUUGGGUCGUUUUGACGUCAUUCUGUCUAUUUUUUUACAAGGGAUGCAUGGAUGAUUUUCCUUUGGCGUCGCUACCGCUACUGGGUUACACCGUGGGGGCGCCUGCUCCAGACGACGCGAUUGGAAAGGACUUCGUGUUCAAGCUCCAAUACAAGAAUCACGUUUAUUUCUUCAGGGCGGAGUCCGAAUACACUUAUAACCGGUGGAUGGAAGUGAUCGGCAGCUGCACAACUCAGACUAAAAAGAAAAAACAGAUAAUUGUGAACGAAAACUCGAUUGAAUGUUCGCCGGAGAAAUAACUCCACACGGGCUAGGUAUAAUUUUAUUUAUGAAUCAAGGAUUUUCUAAUUUUAGGUUUUAUGGAUUAGUGUUAGUGUAUAAAGCAACUAAUGAAACUUACGUGUAAAUAUGGUUGUUUUAAGUAUUAUUGAAAUUUUAUGGACUGGAACAGUCAUUCCUAGGUAGCGAAUCAUGGUAGUAUUUCCGUACUCAGUGUAAAUAUGUAUAUUUUUUACAUUUUUUAAGUGGUGCUGUUUAGACAGCCUAAAUAAGGGAAUUGUAGACGUCCUCUAAUGAUAUUUGUUGUUGAAGUGGUUUUAAUCUUUGUACAUUCAUUUUAAAACAUCACUCGUAGACUAGCGAGAUUUUAUUAAUAAAUGGAUUAUUUUUACAAGAA